CCUGCAUUCACUCACUUUCACAUCUCCGUACCUUCUUUCUGGAAUCAAGGACGCGCUGAAGAUCACCUCAAAGUCCGGCACCACUGCCUCACGAACAUUCAUCGCCUUCAUUCGCGAACAACCAUUCUGCACCCGUCAAUUCCUGAAAUCAGUCAAAAUGCUUCGUCGUCCUGCCACCACAAUUCAGCUCACUUCAGCCGACCUCGAACAAUACGAGGCUAACCGGCAGCGGAAAAACUGGGAGAAGCAGCAGCAGCGUGAAGCAACCUCUCCAUCUACCAACGAUGGCUCUGAGCAAGGCAAGAGCAAAGAGAGCACGAAGCCCACUCAAAGUGAUCGGAUCAUGGGCGGAGGUGCACAGGGGCGUUAG